UGCUGCUACACCAGUUUUGCCAAAAAUUUUAGGGGGUCACACUGUACACAUCCCUAUAGGUCUCGGCAGAAACAUAUAGAUUUUUUUUAUUAAACACUCGCAAUUUAACAAUAAAAAAAACAAGCCGAAGUAGUUACGUUUUUUAUUGCUAUAACGUAGAAUAAGAAGCAUCACUUUGUUUGCAACGUGUACGUGUAAGGUAAGCAAGCAAAGCGAGCCAAAAGUGAAAGUCCCAGAAAAAGUACAAAGAGAGAUAGUGAGAGAGAGAACGGUGAAAAAGAGCCAGAGUCUGGGUGAGAGAAAAACGAUUUUUUCAGAGAACAACGCGGAUUUUCGUAUUUGCUGUGGACGGGGAAACGUGUGAACUGAGCAGAACCUGCCGAAAAUAAUUUGAAAGCAGAGAAACCAAAAGCAGAAGAAAAGCAACGGCGCCAAGCGAAACGAAACGAAAAGAAAGAACGAAGAAGGCAAACAACUAAAACAAUAACAACAAAAAUAAUAACUAGAGAAAAAUAAAAAGAAAACGAAAAAGCAAAGAAAAGAAAAGACAGCGCGCUGCCGAAGACCGUCAAAAUUCUGAGCCACAGCCAGCACCACCACCACCACCACAACCACACACCACCUUACAGCACCAGCACCUGCACCUUAUUAGCUGCCACCACGCUCCACCACAAACAGCCAGCCAUAAUGUUCGUCAAUUCGAUGACGUUCCGUGGAAAUCCGGCUAACUAUCAUCAGCAGCAGCCGACGCUUAAUCACCAUACGCUGGCUGCGGCCGCUGCCCAUCAUCAGCAGCAACUGCAUCAUCAUGCUGCAGCGACUGGGCAUCUCGGUCAUGGUGUUGGUGCUGGGCAUGCGGCCAGCAAUCAUUUAGCUGCUGCAGCCGUGCUCGGCAGACAUGGCCAUAACUCGCUGAAUGCCGGGCACACCUCCAGCUCCCAGUCGCAUUCGAAUGGUGCACUGGCCAGUGGCAGCAGCGGCAGCAGCAAUAGCUCACCGGAUAGUGGCAAGAUUUACAUCAAGAAUCUGGAGCGUUCGAUUGACAACAAGGCGGUGUAUGAGACCUUCUCAGUGUUUGGCAACAUUCUCAACUGCAAUGUGGCCAAGGAUGAGGAGGGCAAUUCACGUGGCUAUGGGUUUGUCCACUUCGAUUCGGAGGAAGCCGCCCGUGCGGCCAUUGAGAAGGUCAACGGCAUGCUAUGCAAUAAUCAGAAGGUGCAUGUGGUCAAGUUCAUACCACGGCGAGAUCGCGAACAGGAGAAGGCCACCCAUUUCAAGAAUCUGUAUGUGAAGAACCUAAGCGAGGAGUUCACCGAGCAGCAUUUGCGUGAAAUGUUUGAGCCCUAUGGCCGCAUCACCAGUCACAAGCUCAUGCUGGAUGAGGAGGGACGCUCGCGCCGUUUUGGAUUUGUGGCCUUCGAGAAUCCACAAUCGGCGCUGGCCGCCGUCAUUGGAUUGCAUGGCAAGCAGCUGGGCGACAACAAGUUCUUGUAUGUGGCACGGGCGCUCAGCAAGAAUGAGAGACAGCAGGAGAUCAACCGUAAGCUGGAGGAGCGUAAACGUCAAAAGGCCGGACAAAUAUUCUACUACUAAACAAACAAAAACAAAUAUUUGGCUGCAGUUUUUCAAAACAAAUGAAUGAAGAAACGAAAACAGUUGGAGCGAUUUGGAGAAAACGAGAAGUUUAUUUAGAGAUGUCCCCAAAAACACCUUCCCUCCCCCGCCCCCAUAAACACACACAAUCUAUACACAUCUAGCUAUAUCUACUAUAUACAAGAAAUUAUAUUGUGCAGCUAACAGAACAGAACAGAAGAGUUACAAAAAUAAUGCAAUUACACACACAGAGAAAGCACAUAAGAGACAUGCAAUUACAUUUAGGCAUAGGCAACCCCUCCCUCGCCCUCCCCUUCGCACACACCCCCUAAACACACACACACACUCCCCCAAAUGAAAUCUACACCUGUAGAAAUUGAACACAGAAGAAUUGAGUGAAAUGCAAAAUCCGAUUUCUAUAUAGUAAACAUAGAAAUGAUAAUAAAAAUUCGCUAGUUUUUCUUUAAAUUCCUUUCGAUUAGAUGUUUGUCUCUUGUUGAAUUUAAUGAGGAGAAGCUUUUUUAGACUCCAGAACAGAGUGCGUACGCAUUAUUCUAAUCCAUAAAAUACUUAUAGAGCACGCAAUUAGCAAGUGAAAUCUAAGAUCGAGAUCCGAAGCGUAGCUACAACACCAUGUACGACCAUGGGCAAAUAAUGAAUAUUUACACAUACUAUAUUAAACAAAAAUAUAUUAAAAAAAAACAAAUAAAAAAAAAAAAACAAAUACACAAUUGAUGUAAAAUUCUAUAAACAAUUAAAGCACCCACUUUACGUAUAUAAAGGAAAAAAAAAACAAAAAAGAAACGAAAAAAAAAAACAUUACACGCUGUAGUUUAAAAGCGUUUAUAAUAAUACUCACACACACACACACACACACUAUCUAAUGCUAGUUUUUUAAAAGAGCAACAAUUGAAAAA